UUUCAGUAGCCAUCGGAAUUCGCGAUAACCUAGCAGCGAAUUCCGCGUACGCGUCGUUCUUCGUCGCCGGUACUACCGCAAGCAAACCAAAUUGGCUGUCGAAGUUGGCAAGGACGCGAUAAGAUAUAAAAAGUACCCGUUAAAAAAUCGGUGGUACCAUUGUCUUCUGUCUCGCCUCGAUCGACCCAGCGUAAUGAGCGGAAAAGUAGCCUGUAUUUUUGUUGCCUGCCUCGUGGCAGUGAACGCAGGUCUCAUUCCAGUGCCAUCAGCGAAGUACUUGGAAGGUCCCAGCACCAAAACCAAAGUAGUCGGUCCUGAUGGUAGCAUCAUCGAUGCUUACGCUCCUGGAGGUCGCAUUCUCCUAGAAGACAAUGCCGGACCAGUCUUUCAAGCAGCCCCUGUAGUCUACGCUCACCCAGCGAUCUCUGGAUUCGAAUACCAGCAACUCGUCGUACCCGAAGCUGCCUCGAAUGCCGUAGAAGCUGUGGUUCCCGUAGCAUCAGCUCAAGAUGCCACUGCUGACUCCAUCACCGUAGAAAGUAGAAAGAUAACUUCUGAUGGAGAAGAAAGGGUAUUCCUUCACCCAGGAACUCCACCAAGAGUAGAAACAAGGGAAUCAGUACCGAUCAAAGAGGAGACUGAAGAAACCACUUCCGGUACGACGGAAACACCUGCGACGACUGAAUUUUUGGAAAACUCUACUGCUGAUUUGAGUGGUACUUAUAUUCCAGAUAACUUCGAAAAGUUUUUCGAUGAUGGUAGUUAUAGACCCGAAUUCUACUAGAUGAUACUUGGAGACUGACGUAGUUUAUAGCUAUU